UUUUUAAUUACUAUUAUGAUGAAAACGGCUCCACAAUCGUCGAUCGCUUCUGCUGCUUCUCAACCAAAAAUUGAGAAAAAGCUUAUGGAUGAGAAGAUUUCAAAAGUUCGAGAAGUUGUUAAAAAUGUUAGCACUAAUGACAUUGUGUUGGCUUUACACAAUUUUGAAUUGGACGUUGAAAAGACAAUUCAUGCAUUUUGUGAAGGCGGUUCGCAAAUCGCGCUCGGCGAUUGGGAGAAGACUGGGACCACUAAAAAGCGAAACAACAAAAAGAAGUCCAAGGCGGCAAAGAGCGGUGGAGGGAGUAACAAUGGAGAGAUGACCAAAGAAGUACGUCUUGGGACGAGUUCUGUUUCAAGUUUACCUUCUCCCGCAAACUCUACUGGGUUUGCCACGCCUGUUUUGCAUCAAUCACAACAAAUUUUGCUCAAUGACGAGAAUAACGAGCUUGUGGAAAACGGCCAACAACGACAUUCAAUUCCACCUUCGUCCGUUGCCAUAGCUAAAAGUCCCAUUCAAAAUUUUGUUCCUCAACGUGAUAUGACUUCUUUCAUGCCGGAUGCUCAACAAUUUCAACCUAAGAAGUUGGCUUCUGUGAAUUUAGAAGCUAAUAAUGCUACAAUUCCUUUGACGGGCAGUACAUAUUCAAAUUAUUUGGACGAAAAUCGAACUCUUUUUGAAAACGAAGUUACUUAUGCUCGCGAGAAUAUUCAGCGGUGUUUAACGCAAAUUCGCGACGCAAUUUCUCUACGAGAGCAGGAAUUGAUGUCUGAACUUUCUCAAUGCCAUCGUGAUGGACUUGCAUAUUUUGCUUCAAGAACCGAAGACAUUAAACAAAUUGCUAAAAUUAAAAACGUAAAAAUCGCCGCAGACCUUGAGAAACGUAAUUCAGCGGCCAAAACUGUUGACUUGGAAACAGCGUUGACAACACGCUUUUUAUGCGAUACUAAUGCAUUUACAUCACUGAUUGAGUCGUUGAAUCAGUUUGGAAGUGUAAUUCCUGUGAAAGCGACUGAAAACAUCAUUGACAAUAACAAAAAAUUAGAGGAACAGCGAAAAGAAAUUAAUGACAACAGAAAUGUUAAUUCUAUUGCAGCUUCUGUGCGCCAAGCUGUGCGACGCUCAAACAGUCCUUCGAGUUUAGUUAGCUCUGUAGAUUCUGGUUUGGGAGGACAAAUUAGUCCUGUUAACCAAGAGAAGGGACUUAUUGCUCAAGUAGAGGAAAAUGGAAUUGUGCUCAAAUCUGAUUCCAUCGCUCCUGACCAACUCGCUGAGAUUCAACGCAACAUUUUCGAGUCAUUAAAGGCUAAGGGCAUUGACCCAGCUUUGCUCGCUGAUAUUAAUUCAAAUGGAAUUGUGGCUCCAAGACGUCGACAACAACUCACUCCUGGAAAUUCGACUGAUGGUGGGAAUGCUGUUAACGGGAAUGCCCCCAAACAACGUGGUAAUGUUGGAAAUACUUCAAACACUUCUAAGAAGCAGCAAACAAAGACGGGGACUUCUAAACAGACUUGA